UUUAAUCUUUAUUUUUAAUGGUCCGGCCCUAUGAUACUGAGCCCAUGAACCUGUCUAAAACCUCUAAUGAGGCUGCUCUUAUGAAUGAACUAUCACGAUGGAUGAGUCAUCCUUUUUCUUCUUCACUAUUUAGGCUCCUUCUUCACUAUUUAGGCUCUGAAUGGUGAUGUAAAGAACAACCGUGGAACAACUAUUUAGUUCUAAUAGGUAUAUGUAUCCAUGUUUGUUACUAUUAUCAUCGGCGCGAAGUAUUAAUAUUCGUUAAAAUAUGAGUCCAUAUAUAAGCAGUAUCAAGUUUUAUUGAAACUCUAUUUAAGAAUUAAUAAAGAGAUUGAGUACAAAGUGUGUGUGUGGAGAAAGUGCAAGAAUGGAUUUAGUACUCUUCUAGAAGAAACCAUCGGAAACACUAUUUUUAGCCUCAAGGACAGUCGUCUCUUACGUAAUCACAUCAUGCUUAUAUUUAACUGUAAUUUAUAGUUCUAGUAAUAAUUCUUAUGGAUAAAUAAUAUGAUGUAUAUAUAGGCUUUUGAAGCUGUUUCAACCAUCUAUGAAGUUUAUAAUGGCUGUUGGUCAAAUUCUUUCAAGUGCCAAUCUACUAUUCUAGUUACUAGUAAUAAGAACUUGGUAAUGUAAUAUUUUAAUUAUUCUGCCAAACAUAUUUAAAAUCGAAUCUUAAACGUGCCAAAUAUCAAAUAUGUAACCAAUUUGGAUUCAGACUCCUGCUAUUAAUAAAAAUAAUUAAAAAUUAUCUUCUUGCAUUUAAGAUUACGAAACAUAUUUAAAUCUAAUCUUAGACGUAUCAAAUACGUAACCAAUUCGAAUUCAAACUUAAUGAAAAACAAUUAAAAAGUAAUCUUCUUAGCAUUUUAGAUUACGAAACGGUCAAAAAGCAAAGUAGAAUUCAUCCCAUUCACGCGAUAAAACAGUCCAAAAGAAUCAAAGAUGUACACAAGUGUCUUCCGUCACUUUGCGAUCACUCACUAUAUAAUUUGACCCCUUUUUUUUUGGUCACACGACUAUAUAUCAUUUGACCAACAACAUAACAAAACUUAUUAUUAAUGAACUUCUUUCUUUUUUUUUUUUUUUGUGAUAAGUAAUGAACUUCUUUCUUCUCUUCAUCUAAAACAGUUUAGUGUCAGAUAAAGAAAAGAAAGAUGAACGUCGGAGGAAAGGUGGUCUGCGUCACCGGAGCUUCUGGUUACAUAGCUUCCUGGAUUGUGAAGCUUUUGCUCCUUCGUGGCUACACCGUCAGGGCUACCGUUCGAAACCCAACGGACGCAGCGAAAACAGAACAUCUUCUUGCACUUGAGGGUGCAAAAGAAAGACUAAAACUGUUCAAAGCAGAUCUUUUGGAAGAAUGUUCCUUCGAGCAAGCAAUCGAAUGUUGUGACGCUGUCUUCCAUACGGCUUCUCCGGUUAAGUUCAUCGUCACGAAUCCUCAGACGGAGCUAAUAGAUCCAGCAUUAAAGGGUACUAUGAACGUCCUCAAUACAUGCAAGAAAACUUCCUCUGUCAAAAGAGUCAUUGUAACAUCCUCCAUGGCUGCGGUUAUUGUUCGUCAACCCCCUUUGGAACCAAACGACGUGGUGGACGAGUCUUUCUUCUCUGAUCCAAGUGUUUGCAUGGAAACAGAGUACUGGUAUCCACUCUCCAAGACGUUGGCAGAGAAUGUAGCGUGGCAAUUUUCCAAAGAAAACGGAAUGGACAUGGUCUUCAUUAAUCCAGGAUUUAUAAUCGGCCCACUUUUGCAACCAACCCUUAAUUUUUCGGUAGAGAUGAUUGUGGAUAUGAUAAACGGUAAGAACCCUUUCAACUCAAUAUACUACAGGUUCGUGGACGUGAGAGAUGUUGCCUUGGCUCAUGUCAAAGCAUUGGAGACUCCUUCGGCCAAUGGCAGAUACAUAAUGGAUGGCGCAAGUAUGACCAUAUACGAGAUUAAAGAGAUAAUGCGUGAAUUAUUUCCAGAUAUGUGUGUUGCUGAUACGAAAGAAGAAGGUGAGAUCAAAGAAAUCAUUUACAAAGUGUGUGUGGAGAAAGUGAAGAAUUUGGGAGUUGAGUUCACUCCUCUCAAAUCAAGCCUUAGAGAUACUAUCAUUAGCCUCAAAGAAAAAUGUCUCGUAUGAGAAUAUGAUGACGUUCAUAUAUGUAUCAAAACUUCUAUGUUAGUAUUAUUGGAUGUAUUUAAGUUGUGGAAACUUGGGGUGGAACCGCUCUUGCAACCAACUCUUAUAAACAGAUAUUUCGCAUCAUAACAACUAGACGCUCGUGGACGUGA